AUGUGUGUGCUGGAAGCAGCCCAUGCCUCCGACAAGGUCGGGGAGUUCACAGGGAACGGUUUCAUAUUCAAGGACACCGUGGAAGUAGUUGCAGUGGAGGAUCCUGAAGUUGAGGGUGUCACAGUCUACAUCUCGGACUUCAAAAGGUCCCUUGUGGACAAACUGAGCAAGAACUUCUUCUCAGAGCCAUCACAGGCAUCUGUCACAUGUGCAGCUACGGGACCUAUACGCAUCAAGGACUUGAAGAGGGUGAGGGGUUCAUCUGGGGGUGAAGUGUUCAGCGAGUCCAAGGGGCUCAACCUCUUUCAGAACAAGACGCUGCGAGUCAGGCGCUUGCUUGAUGAAGCCCACAAAACUCUGACUUACAUUGCGUACAGCACUCGCCUGUCCAAUUCGGGUGUGACGCCAGUCAGGGCAGCAGAUGCAGCAGCUGUUCCCACUGGCAACCGCGGCCCCCCAAGCCUCCUUGUCAGACUUGCGUCGGCGUUCUUGUAUAUUGUGCCCUGGAUUGACAUCCUAACGCUUGGCAGGGAAAUCUACCACUUCUUCCCCACAUCCCUGCUCUUGUACCUGGUCCCUGGGCCGCUGGCACCCUUGUACUACAGUGGCCAGUUUGUGCCGCUCAUUGUCUUCUUUCUCCUCUUCCUUGCCAUCGUCAAGAACAACAAGCUGCACCACUUUGUGCGCUUCAACUGCAUGCAGGGUGUGAUGCUGGACAUUGUGAGCAUGCUGUUCACUCUGCUGCGAGCAUACGUGCCUGCUGAGGUCCGGUGGUCGUUCAUUCUGGACAUCUACGACAUGUUCUCCUGGAACAUCUGCAUGUGCACCAUCCUCUACUGCGUCUUCUUCUCCCUUGCGGGCAAAUAUGCCGAUGUCCCCUACAUCUCAGAAUCGGUGUACCUGCAAGUGGACGCCUCGCUCUGA